AUAGUGUGGAGAAGGCCAGGUUCUAACAUGGCUCACAUUACGACUGUUGUGUUCGCCAUAGUCAGUACCGCUGCUGUUUAUGGCUGGACACCCCUGGGUAUUGGAGUAGCAUAUGAAGAUUAUGGAUUUGGAAAAAACGUCCUGCUGUGUUACGGUGGAUACGGGGUAACGGAUACGGUGGCCCGUGACUGGGCCGACCGGCUGGUGACUCACUCCGAUCUCAAGGGUCUGGCAGUGGGGAAGGUCUAUGCAGUGAAGGGACCUCAGGAUUCCUUGUACAACGCCAAGGAGAUUUCAAACUCCAAGCUGGUACAGCACCUGCUGACGCACCAGAGGCCAGGCUUUGUCGCUGUGGUGGCCCAUUCCAGUGGAGCGUUUGUAGCCAAUGAAUUCUUCAGUCAGCUGGCAGCCAAUGACAUAAACAGACAGUUUGAUCAGAAAAUAUUUUACUACAAUUUGGAUGGUGCUGGAGGACCUUAUGGUAAUGCCCUAUCUAUGUUGAGAAAGGAAUAUUUUGUGUAUGCAAGGAUGGGAUCUGUGUUCUCCAUGAAUGCCAAUUCGAUGAAGUCCCAUGGCCGAGGCGAUCAGCUUAUAGAGCUGGACGGGAGUGAAUCCCACUGUCAGAACAGCCGGUGCCUCCACGACGUGAUGAUCAUCCACCACCCCUGGAGCCCCACCUACUUCGACGUGGGCCGCGACUACAGCCUGUUUGCACUGGGAGACAGAGAAGUCCAGUCGGCAUACCUUUCUCACACAGUGUCCCUCCUGUCUGCGAUGAGAGACUGAACUACUAAAUAUACAGUCAAUAAACAACGAUUGAUUACACACGAGUGGUUAUUUAUAAUUCUAAGAUGCUUCGCUAAAAGAUCA